CUCAGGGCAGCAAAUAAACCGGCAGUGUAGCUGGAUCCAUCGUGGGACGUUUCUCGGCAUAAUUUUUAUCUCAUUCUGCAAUUCAGAACGCAAAUUGGGAUAACACAGGACUUGGUAACAUCCUUCAGUGCCCAGACGUCGUACCUUCAGGAAUAAUGGACUCCACCCCCGUUGGGAAUUCUCAAACAGCCAUACAAGACGCUGGUCCGAAGCUGGAAGUACUGGACCGGGUACGAAAUAUUCCGGUGAUACAAUCAGCCAUUGAAAAGACAGGAUCGACUUAUUCUUAUCUCAAGGAUUCUCAUCAUUUAAUCAAUUGGGCCCUGAGUUAUGCCGAGUCGGGCUUACACUACGCAACGUCAACUGCUGCACCGAUAACUGCACCGUUAGCUAAAAAGUUUGAGGAUCAGAUUAAUAAAGUGGAUACCAAGUUAUGCGAGGGGCUCGACAUUGUGGAACAGAAGGUCCCCAUGGUCAAACAACCACCGCAGGAGAUUUACGAUGCAGCGAAAGCAGUGAUGAGCAGUUCUUUGCAUCCUACAGUGGAGAAACUGAUUUCCAUAAAGGAAUCGGCCACUCAACAAGCAUCCACGUUGAAGGACGUCAGUAUUACGAAGGCUAAUGAAAUUUUAAACACUCAUUACGGAUCGAUGACUGUUCAGGGUGUCGAUAACACGAGUGUUCUGAUUAAUCGUCUCCUGGAUCACUAUUUCCCACCCGUGGAAGGUGAAACGACUCCGCCAGCUCCAAUAUCUGCCGAUGAGAAUAAAGUUCUGCAUGCGGUCCAGACAAUUGGCCAAUUGUCAACGAAAACUGCCAAUCGGGUCUACCAUUCCGUGGCUGCACAAUUGAAAACUGUGAAGAAAGAAGACGUGGCUACAUAUAUUUCCAGCGUGGUGUCAAUUCUACACUUGACGCAUUUCUUGAAUCUUGGACAGAAGGAAGUCACCGAUGGCAGCUCCAGCACUGAUACUGAAAAGGACGAGAAAAAAAAGUGAAUUGAUGUCAAAAUCUGAAUAAUCCAGAUUUGGAUUCAAUUAUUUUAAGGUUAUCGAUUCCCUAGUAGAAAACGCUGUUUAAUUCAAAUAUGAGAUACUAUUUACUUUGAACUUGUACAAAGCGUUCGAUACAUGUUAAACUAUAUUUGUACGAGUUUACAGCUGAGCUGAACUUUUGUAACGUUUGUAUUUACAUAUAUUUACACUGUUUAAGCGUAAGGAGAAUUUUGCUACUAAGGUGUGUUGAAAGGAAAGAAAAGAAAUAGAGAACUGUCUAUUUAAGAAUUUAAA